AUGGAAGGGCAGUACAAGUCGCCUCCCGCGAAUUGUGGAUUCCUCUCUGCACAGCUCGCAGGGCCGCGUAGACCACUUUCCCCAGAUACCCUCUCGAUCAUUUCGACAGAGGGCUACGACCAGAUACAUCAUGUACAACAACCACCCUGUCAUAUCAAUCAUUCGUCUCCUUCCGACGACGAGUCACAACCCGGAUGGCGAUACAAACUCCGCCGCUCUUGGACCAGGAACUACGGACUUUUUCUCAUGCUCUUGGCACAAUUCUUUGGAACAUGCAUGAAUGUGACUGUCAGACUUCUCGAAGUUGAAGGGAACGAGGGCAAAGGCAUGCAUCCCUUCCAAAUUCUCUUCGCACGCAUGGCAAUCACUGUUAUCCUCGCAAGUCUGUACAUGUAUUACAGAAAGACGCCCCACUUUCCUUUUGGACACCCCGAUGUGAGGACUCUUUUAGUAGCGAGAGGAACCACUGGAUUUUUUGGAGUGUUCGGAAUGUACUAUUCCCUCCUCUAUCUACCACUUUCCGACGCAACCGUCAUUACUUUCCUUGCUCCCGGACUUGCAUGCUGGGCCUGUUCGUACCUCAUCAAGGAGCCUUUCACCAGAGUGGAGAAAAUUGGRACCUUGAUAUCACUGGUAGGAGUACUGUUCAUUGCUCGUCCGACGACGUUUUUCCAUGCCUUUGGAGGUACAUCACCCGCAGCGGGAGUGGGCGAUAUGGCGCCUUUCGGGCAGGACCCAGGUGACUACGACAACGUGACCCCUAUUCAGCGCUUGAUUGGCGUAGGCGUCGCACUUGUCGGAGUUGCCGGUACCGCCGGCGCAAUUACCACCAUCAGAUGGAUUGGGAAGAGAGCCCACCCGCUAAUCAGCGUCAACUACUUCGCCAUAUGGUGUACUUUGGUCAGCUUCGUCAUGCAACUCGCUAUCCCUAGUGUGGGCUUCUUGCUACCGGCGAACUUGAAGGAAUGGGGAUAUCUCAUAUUCUUGGGAAUCUGCGGCUUUGUUAUGCAAUUCCUUCUAGCAGCCAGUCUAUCCUACGAAAAGUCCUCCCGAGCGACCAACAUUGUCUACUGUCAGAUGAUCUUCGCUCUUGGGUUCGACGAGCUGAUCUUUGGGCAUCUGCCGAAUGUUUUGAGCAUUAUAGGAUCGAGCCUCAUUCUGGGUGCUGCAAUCUUUGUGGCUCUGCAGAAAAAGGAUCCCGCGACUAGUACAGCUACAACAGAACGCGAGCCAUUGCUCAGAGACGAAGAGGCUGGACUAGAGGCGGGUCGUCUUCGAGCGAACGAACACGGUAGACCUCCCGUGUAG